AUGACUCUUCCUUAUCGUUUCUCUUCGGUCAGAAACCACUCGCUUCUACUUAGGACUUCUCAUCUCUGCAUACCUAGAUCAGCUCUCGGUUGUUUCUCUCCCAAGGAAUCUCCUUUCUUCAAGAAGAACACUGUCCAAUUCCUUCCUCCUCAGAAACAACACACUUCUCUUCCUCUCAAACUCGCCUCUCCUCUUGCUAGCUUCUCUUCUUAUGCAGAUUCUGAGGGAAACGAGCAACACCAUGGCGAUCAACAGAUACAGAAUUCUCCUGAAUCUUCUUCUACCGAUUCGACCGGAUCAGAUGGAAAAGAUAAUGCAGAAGCUACUGGUGACUUCUCUGGAAUGGCUCAAGCCUUUCACAUUUCAUCUAACACAGCGAGGGCAAUCUCCAUACUUAUCGCCUGCUCUGCUCUCUCCUUUCCUCUCAUCAUGAAGUCUCUGGGACAAGGACUGGCUCUCAAGACAAAGCUCCUCUCUUACGCAACACUACUCUUUGGUUUCUACAUGGCUUGGAACAUAGGAGCUAACGAUGUCGCCAAUGCUAUGGGGACCUCUGUUGGAUCCGGAGCCUUGACGAUCCGACAAGCUGUGAUGACAGCUGCAGUUCUUGAAUUCUCAGGUGCUCUUUUGAUGGGAACUCACGUGACUAGCACGAUGCAGAAAGGGAUUAUCAUGGCUAAUGUGUUCCAAGGGAAAGAUAUGUUGCUCUUUGCUGGUCUUCUCUCUUCACUAGCUGCAGCUGGAACUUGGUUACAGGUGGCUUCUUACUAUGGAUGGCCUGUAUCGACAACUCACUGUAUCGUCGGAUCAAUGGUUGGGUUUGGUCUUGUCUAUGGAGGAGCUGGUGCUGUAUUUUGGAGUUCUCUAGCCAAAGUAGCUUCCUCUUGGGUUAUCUCUCCUCUAAUGGGAGCUCUUGUCUCCUUUCUUGUCUACAAAUGCAUCAGAAGAUUUGUUUACAGCGCACCAAACCCGGGACAAGCGGCGGCUGCAGCAGCUCCUGUCGCUGUGUUCGUAGGUGUAGCGAGCAUUUCCUCAGCCGCAUUUCCUCUGAGUAAAAUAUUUCCAAUAGGUUUAUCACAGGCCUUAGCCUGUGGAGCAGUAGGAGCCAUAAUCUUUGACAGAAUCAUCAGAAAUAAGCUCGGUCACCUUCUCGCCAAAUCGAAAUCACAAGAAACAACUCAAGACCAGCCCAAAAGCAUUGGUUUCCUCUCGGAUAUCGCAGGUCCUACAGGUACUCAGUUAGAGAUAGUCUACGGAGUAUUCGGCUAUAUGCAAGUACUCUCCGCUUGCUUUAUGUCAUUCGCUCACGGAGGUAACGAUGUCUCAAAUGCAAUCGGACCAUUAGCCGCCGCAUUAAGCAUCCUACAAGGCGGAGCAGCUGCAGGAGGUGGAGAUAUUGUGAUUCCUAUGGAUGUUCUUGCUUGGGGAGGAUUCGGAAUCGUUGCUGGUUUAACAAUGUGGGGAUACAGAGUGAUUGCAACGAUUGGGAAGAAGAUUACUGAGUUAACACCGACGAGAGGAUUCGCGGCGGAAUUCGCUGCUGCGACGGUGGUUUUGUUUGCUUCGAAAUUAGGUCUUCCGAUAUCGGCGACUCAUACACUUGUUGGAGCUGUGAUGGGUGUUGGGUUUGCGAGAGGGCUUAAUAGUGUUAGAGCAGAGACGGUUAGAGAGAUCGUUGCUUCGUGGCUUGUCACUAUUCCUGUUGGUGCUACACUCGCUGUUCUCUACACUUGGAUUUUCACCAAGAUCUUAUCUUUUGUGUUGUGA